AUGGGGUCCUACGCAGAGUCGGUCCCAACCGGGCGCAACAACUGGUGGAAAGAAGCCACAGUCUAUCAAGUAUAUCCCGCCUCGUUCAAAGACUCCAAUGGCGAUGGCUGGGGUGAUAUUCCCGGAGUAAUCGAGAAAAUUCCCUACCUCCAUGCUCUCGGGGUCGACGUCGUCUGGCUGUCUCCCAUGUACGACUCGCCCAUGCACGAUAUGGGCUACGAUGUCUCUGAUUAUGAGAAGGUAUUGCCUGCGUAUGGAACCGUGGAAGACGUGGAGAAGCUAGUCCAGGCUUGCCAUGAGCGCGGCAUGAAACUCCUUCUAGACCUCGUCAUCAACCACACCAGCGAUCAGCACCAGUGGUUCCAAGAGAGCCGCGGCAGCAAGGACAACGAGAAGCGCGACUGGUAUUUCUGGCGACCUCCGAGAUACGACGCGAAUGGCAAUCGUCAGCCUCCCUCGAACUACCGCGGAUACUUCGCUGGGAGUACAUGGACCUGGGACGAGCACACGCAGGAGUACUAUCUGCAUCUGUACGCGAAGGAACAACCAGAUCUGAACUGGGACAACGAAGCCACUCGAAAAGCCAUCUACCAGAGCGCGAUCCGCUUCUGGCUCGACAAAGGCAUCGACGGCUUUCGCGUCGACACGGUCAACAAGUACAGCAAACACACCGACUUCCCGGAUGCACCCAUCACCGAUCCAAACAGCGACAUUCAGCCCGCUAUCCAGAUGUGGUGCAAUGGGCCUCGCAUCCACGAGUUCGUCCGCGAGAUGCACGGCGACGUGCUGCAGCCCUACGGCGACGUGGUGACUAUCGGGGAGCUGGCCAACACGCCGGACCCUCGCGACGUGCUGCGCUAUGUCGGUGCCUCGGAGCGAGAGCUCAGCAUGGUCUUUCACCUGGACAUCGGGCACAUCGGCAUGGGAGACAGCCUGGAGGACAAGUACAUCUUUCACCCCUGGAAACUAACCCAGAUGAAGAUCAUCGUGUCCAAAUGGCAAUCGUUCAUCGAAGGUACCGAUGGCUGGACGACCGCUUUCUGCGAGAACCAUGACAACGGGCGCUCCGUAUCGCGGUUUGGUAGCGAUGCGCCGGAGCACCGGGCUCGCUCGGCGAUGAUGCUGGCGAUCUUGAUGGUCGCUAUGACCGGCACGCUGUUCCUGUACCAAGGCCAAGAGAUCGGUAUGACCAAUGCUCCCCGCGACUGGUCUGUGGAGGAAUACAAAGACAUCGAGGGGAGGGGAUAUUAUCGGGAGGCCGAGGGAGAUCCCGCGCGCCAGAAGCAGAUCAUGGACGGACUGCGCAUUCUUGCCCGGGAUCAUGCCCGUCUGCCCAUGCAGUGGGAUGCUUCGUCUCAUGCAGGGUUUACAACAGGGAAGCCGUGGAUGCGGGUGCACGAUCUGUAUCCCGAGAUUAAUGUGCUUCGUCAGGAGAGCGAUCCUGGCAGUGUACUUUCAUUCUGGAAGAAUGUGCUGCGACUGCGCAAGGAGCACCGGGAUCUUUUCAUUCAUGGAGCUUUUGAGCUGUUGGACUUUGAGAAUCAAGAGACAUUCUGUUUUGUCAAGUCGAGGGGCGAGAAGAAAGCCCUCGUGGUGUUGAACUUUACUGAUUCAAAUCAACCAUUGACGGUCUCGACGGUGGGAAUGGAGUUGCUGGUGAGCAACUAUACAGAUUUAGCCGUGUCGGAGACGCUGCAACCGUGGGAGGGCAGGAUCUAUAUCAUUUCUUGA